AUGUUUAAGCUAAAACCUACAAAAUCUGUGGAAAGAAGUAAACAAGUUUUGGAAAUGGGAAGGAAAGAACUGGAAGUACAAUUUAUACCUUUGGGAGUUAAAUAUUUGUAUUCCACAGUCCAUAUAUAUCGGACUGCCAGUGAUAAUGAAAGGGAACAGAAGUGUAAUGAUAAUACUGAUGGUAAAAUGAAGGAUGAAGCCACCUCUGGCAAUGAUGACAACCAACAUCAGUAUGCUGUUGAUAUCCAGGACAAUUCUAAGUACAGUGGUAAGGAGGAUGAAGAUGGUAACAGCUGGAAUGAUAAUCAUGAUAAUAUUGAUAGCCAUGAAGACAACACCACAGUAGCUAUUGAUGAUUAUGGCCAAGAUGACAAGGGCUAUAACAGUAAUAGUGACGGCCAUCAUGAUGAUGGCAGCAAGAGUCCAGACGAUGAUGCUGCCAAAGGUUCCAUUUUUUAUGAAAUCGAUAUUGAUGAUGAGAACCAUGAUGUUGCCUGCAACAUUGUUGGGAACAGGACUGAUCACAAGGGUGAAGAAAAAACUGGGAAUGCUCACAGCUUUCCUGGUAAUGGAAAUAAUGACAAUAAUGCUAGGAAUGGUGAGAGAAUUACAUUCUGGGGGAGCAAGUUGGGGGAAGAGAAGAUAGCUGGGGCAGCUGAGGCUACAGACUGCAUCAUGGAGGUGUCCUGCGCACAGCCUGAGAGCAGCGAGAAGCCCAAUGUAGAAGACAUGAUGUCCAAGGAUUAUUACUUCGACUCCUAUGCCCACUUUGGCAUCCACGAGGAGAUGCUCAAGGACGAGGUACGGACGCUCACUUACCAUAAUUCCAUGUACUCUAACCGGCACUUGUUCAAGGACAAGGUGGUGCUAGACGUGGGCUCAGGCAUUGGCAUCCUCUGCAUGUUUGCUGCCAAGGCCGGGGCCCGGAAGGUCAUUGGGAUCGAGUGCUCCAGCAUCUCCGACUAUGCCAUCAAGAUCAUCAAGGCCAACAAACUUGAUCAUGUGGUGACCAUCAAAGGGAAGGUGGAAGAGGUGGAGCUCCCUGUGGAUAAGGUAGAUGUGAUCAUCAGUGAGUGGAUGGGUUACUGCCUCUUCUAUGAAUCCAUGCUCAACACUGUCCUCCAUCCCCAAGACAAGUGGCUGGCCCCUGAUGGGCUCAUCUUCCCUGACCAGGCCACACUGUAUGUGACUGCCAUUGAGGACCAACAACACAAGGACUACAAGAUUCACUGGUGGGAGAACAUCUAUGGCUUUGAUAUGUCCUGUAUCAAGGACAUAGCCAUCAAGGAGCCUGUCGUCGACAUGGUGGACCCCAAGCAGCUGGUGACCAAUGCCUGCCUCAUCAAGGAGGUGGGCAUCUACACAGUGUGCAUGGAUGACCUUACCUUCUCUUCCCUCUUCUGUGUGCAAGUGAAGAGGAAUGACUAAGUCUAUGCCCUGGUCGCCUACUUCAACAUCGAGUUCACCCAGUGCCACAAGCACACGGGCUUCCCCACAAGCCCCGAGUCCCCUAACACACACUGGAAGCAAACUGUCUUCUACAUGGAGGAUUACCUCACAGUGAAGACAGAUGAGGAGAUCUUUGGCACCAUUUGCAUGCGGCCCAACACCAAGAACAAUCGAGACCUUGACUUCACCAUCAACCUGGACUUCGAAGGGGAUUGUGAGCUCUUCUGCUCCACUGACUACCGGAUGCACUGA